UGUUAUGCCGAUGCCGACUGCCAGAAAGGGCACAUCUGCAGACACGGCACAUGUAAACCUCGGCCGCCGCUAAUGAAAAAGCUGUCUUUAGGAAACUGGGAAUGCAUUGCUGAUGAAGACUGUCCACUUCAUCAUAAAUGUGGCUUGUUCAAAAAGUGCUACGAUAUGCGAAACAAAAUAUAUGUUGUUGAAACAAUCCAGCACAUUUGUAUGUUCUCUUAUUUUUCCCGCAUUACACUGAAGCUGCGACGUUGGUUUGGAGUGUGA